CCAAAAGUGACGACCCCUUCUGGACUCUCUCCUCUACCCGCCGCGAUUGAUCGCCGCCCAGGCGGUUCAUGGAGAUCGUGCCCCCAUGGCCUGACUGAGGCGGAGCGAGCGAGCCGCAUCUACCGCUCCCAUUCAGAGCGGCCGAAGGGACUGAGAUAGGCAUCAGUUGCAAGCCACUCGCGGCGAUCGCUGCCUGCGCCGGGAAGGUGAUCACUAUUUUACCCAGAGGUUCAUCAUCAACGGGAAGGAGGUUAUCGAGAUGAAACGCAAGUAUUAGAGGCCGAAUCCUCUUCCUCUUCAACAUGUUGCUGAUGUCUUGCCCAGCUUCGAUCCACAAGGGGAAAACGCGAAGGGGAAAACAAAACAAAAAGGAUUGUGUGUUAUAAGUAGAACAAGGGAAGAAGAUCUAACUGCAAUCAUCUCAUCCGUACCAAUCUUUUGCUCUGGCAAAGGUGGAGGAGCCUCAAAACUGCUUUCCCAUAGCAAUCAAAUCAGUUGCAGUUUGGUCAUCAUCCUUUUCAGUUGUAAGUUUGCUUUUUUGUUACACUUGCAUGAAAACUCCAACUAGUGUUCCUGGACAAUUGCCAUUAUAUUGCUGCAAUUCUCGUGCUCAAGAAUUUAUUAGGUCAGAACUGAGGCAGUUCUGCCUUGCCUCGUACAAGGUCCUCAAGUUGGCACUGGGCAUCACUUCACAGGUAUAUAUCAUGGGAUACCUGACCACAUCAAUCCAAAUCCAUUAACAAUUAGAUCCUAACAGGAGAAGGUAUGCCAAAUCCAUUAACAAUUAGUUGCGUCCAAUUUUUUUGAUGCAAAAGAGGAGCAGUGGAGAUUGAAUCUGAUUGAUAAAGUGAAAUUGCAUAGGAUAAGUAGAGUUGCCUCCUUUAUCUUUUGGUUUCUAAUGCUACAGAGCAAGCCUUAAUGCUGACAUUUUUUUAAACCUAUUUGAUCAAUCGGCCUCUGAUUCAUAAAGUGAAUUGCAAAGGAUAAGUAGAAAUGCGCAUUCUUUCUUCUUGAAUUUUCCUGCCUGGAAUUGAGUUGAUUCCUUUGGUUAAUGUUCAGGAACUUGCCUCCUCCUUUUUGUUAGUGGACUCUGGUGCUCGAGUCCAAAAGAUUUUGACCUGUUCUCUUGUCAAAUGUACUCCCAGAUGCAAGCAUGUUCAAGUGGACUCUGCUUUGCUGCACUGUGAUCAUGAGUCAAGACCGAUGUUAUUUCAUUAUUAAAAGCACGAUAAUAAUGUCAAUGGAGGACUGUAUCAGUGGGUCCACUCUGAAGACGGAAGAGCUCAAGGCAGCAAGAACAACAGAAAAGAAGACUUUUACCGCAGUUGUAACUCACGGGUUGCUUUGAGCCCAAACAUCUCAUGUGCAUUGACUUAUCAAUUGGUUUAUCUUAAAAAACAGAGCCUCCCGGUACGGCCAUUCAAAAGGGCUCCGCAGUGACCCUUUUUGGUCUUGGCCAUUAAUAUAUGUUUCAGUGUACGUCCACCGUCGAAUUCAACAGCCUGCAUGGGAACGGUUAACUUCAUCGCAGCCGUCUAAUGGCAGUAAGGCGUUGAGAAGAUGAAGCCAGCGCCGAGAAAUGAAUGGACUCGCUUGUCUUCUUCCCCUACCGUGGCAGGAAGAUUUCUGUCAUGUCAUCUCUGUUCACGGUAUACUUGCCGCUGCUGCAGUUGAAUGAAGCCCACAUGCAACCAACCAAGUUACUCAAGUAGAUAGAAGCAGUUUAAGAUUGUGAAGCGGAUGGUAAAUUGGGGAGGUUAAUUUGCUUGCAGAAUCAACCGUGGAUGUUAUUAGGAGGACGCAUUCUCUAUGCAUGAUCUGGGUAAAUCUUUAAUGCUAAAGGACUAAAUCUAACACUGUCUACGGUGGUGCAGGAGCGCUGCACAGAGCAUAGCAGAGGCGUAUCUGUCAAAAUUCAAUUGAAAAAGGGCCCUUUGCUUUAACUGUAAUAAUGACACUGCCAUUACCAACUCAUAUAAUCCGUCACUGUGGAAGAGUAGGAACAAGGAACACCGGAGCGGGCAGCUUCCAUCGCUCAGCAUGCCUUCCUCCUCGGCUCACCUCCCUCUCUUCUUGUCUCUGUUACUCUCCUCCUUCGGCACCAUCCUCUCUUCUUCCUCUGAAUCAGACCUGCUUCUCACCUUCAAAGCCUCCGUGGAGGACCCUGCCUUGGUUCUGUCCGACUGGUCCCCGAACUUCACAAACUAUUGUAACUGGACUGGUAUUACUUGCUCCAAGACCACUUCUCUGGUUACCUCCAUAGAUCUUAACAACCGCAACCUCUCCGGUUACAUCUCUCCUUCCAUCUGCCAACUACCUGAGCUUUCGACCCUUAACCUUGCCAGCAAUAACUUCAAUCAGGCCAUUACUCUCCAACUCACCGAGUGCUCUAGGCUAGUCAUUCUCAACCUAAGCAACAAUCUCCUCUGGGGGACACUUCCUGAACAGAUAGGUCUAUUGUCAAGCUUGGUUACUCUUGAUCUCAGCAGGAACCACAUUGAAGGGCAGAUACCACUUAGCUUGGGGUCGUUAGUGAGGCUCCAAGUUCUCAACUUCGGAAGUAACUUUUUCUCAGGUAUCAUCCAUCCCCAUGUUUUGAAGAAUUUGAGUGAGCUAGUCCUCCUUGAUUUGUCUCGCAAUCCGUCUUUAAUAUCUCAACUACCUCAAGAAAUCGGGAGAGUUUCUAAAUUAAGAUGGCUGUUGAUGCAAAGAUCUGGUCUUUAUGGUACUAUUCCUGAGUCCUUGCUUGAUCUCCAUGAACUCGAGAUUUUAGAUCUUUCCCAGAAUAAUUUGACUGGGAUUAUCCCUUUGGGGCUUGGGUUAGGCUUUCUGAAGUUAGCUUCUGUAGACUUCUCACAGAACAUGCUUUCUGGUUCCUUUCCUAUUGAUGUCUGCUAUGGAAAAGUUCUUCUAGAGUUAAGUCUUCAUGAGAACUCUUUCACGGGUUCAAUACCUAAAAUCAUUGAGAAAUGUUCCAGCCUUGAGAGGCUUCAAGUGCAGGAUAAUAAGUUUUCCGGUGAACUUCCAUCUGGUUUAUGGUCAAUGCCCCAGUUAAAGUUACUCAGAGCUGAGAACAACCUGUUCACCGGUGAGAUACCGGAUGAGGUUGGUGUUCCUUCUCAACUGGAGCAAGUUCAGAUUGAUAACAACAACUUCACAGGUGUAAUCGCAAGAGGCCUUGGAUCAAUUCGCACUAUGUACAAGUUUUCAGCUUCACUUAAUCGCUUCUCUGGUAAUCUCCCUGAUAAUAUCUUUGAUUCUCCUGUAUUGAGUAUCGUAAAUAUGUCCCACAAUUCUCUCACGGGACCGAUUCCAGAGCCCAGGAAUUGCAGGAAGUUGGUUUCUUUAUCCUUGGCAGGCAACAGUCUGAGCGGAGGCAUACCACCUUCACUUGGCCACUUACCGGUACUGACAUACCUUGACAUUUCGAACAACAAGAUUACCGGUGAAAUCCCACCCGAGCUUCAAAAUUUGAAGCUUGCACUGUUCAAUGUUUCUUUCAACCAGCUUUCAGGAAGUGUUCCAGCUUCUCUUGUUUCUGGUCUUCCAGCUUCCUUUCUACAGGGAAAUCCAGACUUGUGUGGACCUGGGUUGUUGAAUCCGUGCACUGUGAGACCAGAAAAACAGAACUCCAAGAACAAUGGACUGAUAUGGACUGUAAUUGUGAUAUCUAUCAUCGUUGGUCUCAUGUUAAUAGCCUCAGGCCUUCUUGCUGUAUAUAGGUUAUCUCAAAGUCGGCCUGGUUCAGGUAAAUGGAAAUCAGUGUUCUUUUAUCCUCUUAAGAUUACAGAAGACGAGUUACUGAUGGCUUUAGUUGAGAGAAAUUCUAUCGGCGAAGGAGCGUUCGGUAAAGUGUAUGCCAUCCCGGCACCAGAUGGAGAAUUCGUCGCCGUCAAGAGGUUACUGAACUCCGGUAAUUUGUCUUUCAGAACCGUGAAGGCUGAGAUAAAAACUUUGGCGAAGGCUAGGCAUCGAAAUGUCACCAAGUUGUUAGGCUUUUGUUACUCAAGAGGCACCAUCCUUCUCAUUUUCGAAUAUCAGCAGAAAGGUAGCUUGGGAGAUGCUCUCCGAAAACCAGGCUUCUCCAUGGAUUGGCGAUUUCGCCUCAAAGUUGCUGUUGGUUCUGCUCAAGGCUUACUCUACCUUCACAAUGAUUAUGUCUCGCAGAUACUUCAUCUUGACAUGAAAUCUAAUAACAUUCUCCUUGGUGAUGAUUUCGAACCGAAGAUAGCUGACUUUGGCCUUGCUCGUGUAAUUGGGGAGGCAGCAUACAAAUCAUCUGUAGCUUCUGAGCUGGGAGGCUAUUGCUAUUUCCCUCCAGAAUAUGGAUGCAUCAAGAAGCCAACAGAACAAAUGGAUGUGUACAGUUUCGGGGUCGUCUUACUGGAGCUCAUCACUGGAAGACCGGCGGAGCAACCGGAGUCCCGGGAGUCUCUCGACAUCGUCAAGCUAGUGAGAAGAAAGGUGAACAUGACAAACGGAGCCCUUGAAGUUCUAGAUCCCAAGAUCUCAAGCUCAGCGCAGCAAGACAUGCUGGAAGUGCUGGAUCUUGCUCUUCGAUGCACCUCCGUUUUGCCGGAGAAGCGACCGACAAUCAUCGAGGUCGUCCGGUCCUUGCAAUCACUCCAGCCGAUCGCCCUGCCUCCGAUACUCACCGGCGACGGCGAACUGCCCGGCGUCGAGUGAAAGGAUUGAUCAUAAUAUAUAUUUUCCCUUUGUUUUCCCCCUGUUAUUAUCAUGGUUUGUUUAGUCUGAUUUCUGGAAUGGAGACUUCGUACAGUGAAAAGGAAAUCGCAUUAAUUCAUCGUUUGUUCUUGAA